AUGGACUCUGAGAGGGCUGCACCGGCUCCAUCCGGGGUUAUUACCCCCGAAGGACCGAGUGCGCCCUCAGCCUUGGGCAACCCUCUCCCCGUCGCCGCCGCCUGCCAGCCCAAGGGCCGCGGGGCGGUGGAGCUACCACCAGCCGAAGACCAGCCCGAACUGGACUUCGGACUGGAUGACGACAGUCUGCUGGACUACUCUGACGAGCACAGCUCGGACGGGGAAGCCAUGCAGAUGAGUCAGGAUGUUCGGCCGCGGGUAACCUCUCCCCCGGCCACAUCACGGACUCUGGGCCAGCAACUCCACGAGCGGGUCGGGCGAGCAGUCCUCAUCGGGACACACUACGCCCACCCAGGGCCAGAAACGAAGCGGGUUCCGCUCGCCAGCCCCUCCGGCAAAGAUGCCCAUCAGGCGAGGCUGGCAGAGACACCCCUUCCGCCCCCCAGCUCAGCCUCCAGCCCAGCAGCAGCCAGCUGCGCGCCCAGCCCAGGGCGCAGCCCACGCCCCGCGGCGGCAAGCCUCCGGCCACCUGAUGGUGACAGCUACCCGGUGACAACACAGGGGGGAGCGGUGGAGCCCACACCACCUCUACAGAAAUCCGCCCGUUGCUCACAUGCCAAAAUCAUGUCAAGCACGUCCCGACUGAUUCAACUCAAAGCCCAAGAUGACUUUCAGGAGGCUUUGGUGAAAAACCUUAUCAUUGUUAUCCUGGGUAUUGUCAUCAACUGCAUUAAUGGGAUCAUAAUUUUGACUUUCUGCAAGAACUCUGUUUUUCACAGUGACUCAAGAUACAUUCUGUACAUGAAUCUAGUAGUGAACGAUAUGAUCCUGAUUUGUGUUUCUGUGACAUCGUAUGUUUUGACUUACGCCUAUCCAAUUUUUAAUGCCUCCAUGUGUUAUACUUGGAGUGUGAUUGGUUCAACCACACACAUGAACACACCAAUUAUCUUGGCAGGUAUGGCUAUUGAGCGUUAUAUUGCCAUCUGCAAACCUCUCCAUCAUGCUCAGAUCUGCACAGUACGCAGGACUUACGGUAUCAUUGCUCUCACCUGGGGAGUCGGCUUUGUACCUGCAGUAGCUGAUGUUAUCAUUGUCCUUGCCACUCAGCCUAUAGGCUUUUUCUCAUCAGUAAUCUUUUGUAUCUACCUUAACUUAUACAACACCCGAUACCAUGCAGAAAAAGUGAAGGUGGUGCAAGCCCUUUAUAUGUCAUUCGUGUGGCUGACGCUGAUCUAUACCUACUUUAUGGUAUUUCGAACUGCCAGAGCAGCAAAAGUGGACACUGCUUCAGCCAAAAAGGCACAGAACACAAUUUUAUUACACGGAGCUCAGCUGCUUCUCUGUAUGUUGUCCUAUAUCACUCCUUUAUCUGAUGUUGUUUUAGUCAGUUUUUUCCCAAUGCAUCUCUCAAAAAUAACAUUCCUAAGUUACCUGAUCACAAACAUUAUUCCAAGGUUGCUCACUCCUCUAAUUUAUAGUGUUAGGGAUCAGAAAUUUGCCAAACACAUGUCAAAGUACUACUCCUGCAAAGUCAUCAUUGUUAAAGUCAAACUGAAGAGAAGGGUUAAUGUUGCAUGUCAUGAAACAAAAUGCAUAUCUUUAAUUCUCCAACCUGAAGCCUAA